GGUAUUCUGCACCUGUGAGGCUGUAAGCCUGAACCACCCAGCGUGGACCUCCCGAUAAGAAGAAGGUGUGCUGCAGCUCAUACGUUGUCCACUCAUUUUAUUCAAGCAUUUUAUUCCUCACUAUAUAUUCGAGUGAAUAACCAACAUCUUUACAUUUUUUUGGAAGACGUAUCACGUAAACAUGGGUAAAAAACGCUUCAUUGACCGCAAGAAAGAUGUUGUCCAUACAAUCGUCCUCUCUAAUAAGAACAUGUCAGGGGCUGAUCCUAUUUUUGGAGCCCUCCCUGCACCAACGAAGAAAAAAGAUAAACCAAUGAAAGCAAAAGCAUUCCAAUUGAGGUGUGACCUGCCAGAAGACCCAAGCCCAAUCGAAAAUUCUGAGUCUAAUAUGAAUUGUGAUACUGAUACAGCUGGUGAGGUGAAAAUGAUAAACUUCUCUGAGGAUUUUCCAGCUCUAGGUGGAAAUGAAUCUGGGUUUAAAAGUUCUGUUAAGAGGAAGAAAGGCUCAGAGUCAGCCACAAAGGUGCACAAUACUGCAAGCACAUCACAGUCCCUAUCAUCACCCAAUUCAUCAGCAUGGAAAACAAAUAUCCCCAGUUCUUCUUGUGAUGAUUCUUAUAUGGACAGUCAACAGGAUGAUUAUGAAGAGGAUGAUAGCUGUAGUCGCUUCAAGUUUGCUCGUUAUGGUAUUUAUUUUGAUGAUGACUAUGACUAUGGACAACAUCUGAGAGAUCCCAAUGACUGGCCUCUAGCAGAAGAAGAUGCUGAGUUACAGACAAUUGUUCAGCAACACCCACAGGCAAGAAAAAAGAAUCCCCCAAAAAAGCUUGACACUAUUCCCGAGACCUUCAAGUAUGAAGCUCCUGCAUUUUGUGAUCCUUCACAUUCUAUAGCUUUUGAAGAGGAAGCAACUGCUGACCCCUACGAUGAACUCUUUGAUGAUGCGGAUGAAGGGGAAUUGCCAGAUGAUAUUGUGGACCUGCUCGGAGGAGAGGAUCUAGAUGAAGAUGAAGACUGCUCUGAAGAUGAAAGCAACAGUGAUGGCGUACAAGAUACCAGCGAUGGCUUCUUGAAUGUUAGUGAUGAUGAGGAGGCUGGAAAUUCAGACCAUCUGUUCGAUGAUGCCGAAUCACUUCCCGAGGAGCAGAGCUCAGAUGCUGAAGAUCGUCCCGUCGCCGACGGAGAUGUAAAGGCAGCUGUGGAUGGAUUUUUUGACAGUGUAGGGUUCACGUCACCUGAAGAUGAUGUGCCACAAUCUCCAAAAAUUCCAGCAUUGCGGUCUUCUAAAGGAGCCAAGAUGGUCACUGAUCAGUUUGAACACUUCAAUAACAAGUUUGAUGCCAUGAUUCUUCGAGACUACAAAGACUCGGAUGUGGGUGACGCCAGGCUUGACGAAGUAGAUGGAUACCUCGCUGACGACGCGUCACAGGUGUCUCAGUUUGGGCGUGAGCUGCGGUCUGUCAAGUACAGGGACGAGAACGUCGCCCUCGUGGGGCCCAACAAGGAACCAGAGUCGCUGGAGGACGAGCAGAGCCGCCGCCAGGCGCUGCAGUUCUGUAAGACCUUCACACCCAGCACGCCUAAAACAUUUGAGGUUUCCGUGCCGGAUCGCAGUGCAAUGAAGUACAAUGUAACAAAUUUACCGAGCAUCCGCACUAAAAAUAAGCCAAUAAUCAUCAAGAACGAACUGCCCUACCUCAGCCGCGGCAAGAAGAAGGGACUGAGCGUCAAGGACCUCAAGCAACACGACGCUGAGUUUAACACGCCUCAUAGAGAAGUUGAUGAAGAAGCGCAGACUUACAAGACCAUGAUAUCCGAGCUGUCCUACAGACCACCCGACGAGACCACUGAGCAGCAUCGGCAGCGCAAGGCAGCUCUCAAAGAAAUCAGACGGGCGAGGCGGGAGGAGAAGAAGCAAAACACUCUUGCACUCCGCAACGUUCUCAUCCACACUAGUCGAGUCAACAUCAAUGCCAAUCGAUGCCAGGGAGUUCCGCUUAUUUAGCUUCUCGUGCAUUAAAGUAUAAACAGAAGUGAUAAAACUUUUUAUUGACUGUC